AUAUCUUAAUACACACACCUGGUACAAAUAAUUCAUUCGUUGAAAGGUGUCUUUUCCGGGACAUUUUUUAAUUUUGGAAUUUGUAUUUACACUGCUAUUUUCAGCCCGAGCGGUCGUGUUUUGUGACGACAUAACCUCACUUUAGAUAAAACCAGAAAACCGGAAAGACUGAUGAGACCCUGCCGAAAAUUGUUAAUAUAACAUUAAACAAAUGAACUUUUCGUGGGCUGAAAAUUAUCCAGAAGUGCAUAAGGUGUGCACUUUAUUUACUUUAACGGAAUUAAAUGAUCCCGUAAAAUAUUCGUAUAAAGCAUUGGAAGGAUUUACACAGGAUGGGCCCCAGUGUGGACUAGUUGCACUUGGGAUGUAUAUGGGGAGUCCGACCAAGGAAUCAAUCCAAUUAUUACUGGAAACUGCUCAAAGACAGGGAUAUACUAACAAUGGAGAAAUUUUCAGUGCCCACGACAUGGCUGAAUUGGCCAAAAUACACUUAAAGUCCACCGACAUUCAAGUUUACUCAGGAUUAUUAAAUACAAAAGAAAUUAAAGAAAUUCUUUUACAAGGUGCCAAUCUACUAGUGCCUUAUGAUACCGAUAAAGACAAUUCGCCGUGUCUUCUCAAAGGGCACAAAGCCCACUGGGCAAUUAUUUGUGGAGCCGUAGAAACUGACACAAACUUUUUUGUCCUCGCGCGUCACGGGAAAGCCAGAAACAUCGCAAUUUGGAAAUUAUCCGACUUAUCUGCUAGCAACGCACAACUAAACGAAGUGGGGACAUACCAGAAGCAACCAGACAUUACGUUUAUGAUUCCUGAAGGUGGAAUAGCCGGUCCUUUGGGUCUUAAUUGCAAGUCAGUUAUCCUCCGUAGUUGAUUGAACUGGAAAUAAUUCACACUGGCGGUUUUACGCCUUAUUGAACGUGAAAGUGUGUAAUAGGGUGAAUAAAUAUAAAAACAGUUUACGCUUUGUGGGCACUUUCCUCACUUUUUUGAACGGUGCUAACAGGUGACUGUGACAGUUAAGUUGACACGCAGCAUAACCUCACUUCUUUUUUUCGUUAUAAAAAUGUGAAUUUACAAUCAUUUUAAACAAUAAAUAUGCUUCUAAUACGUG